GGUGUAAAAUUAAAUAACAUUGUUUAUUGAUUUUCAUUGUAUUGGCAUCUUAGUAUUUAAAUUUAAACGUAGUUUUUUGCAUUACUUUUAUUUAACUACAUUAUCGAAAAUUAUUUUCAUUAAAUGAAACUUUAAUGUACAACCUAAACUUGCUAUUAAUUUUUAAAGUAUUUAUGAUACCAUAUAUAUUUUUUUCAAUAUUUAAGUUAAAUCAUCGUGGUUAACACGACACAUAUUAAUUUGACUAUCAGUAAAUUAGAACCUUUUUGAAAUGGACUACGAUAUUGGUACUGAAUUACUAAUACAAUCUCCUGCUAAUAAAUGGGUACCAGCUUUGGUUGAAGAAGAUGAUGGUGAUGAAAUAUUUAUUUCCUAUAAAGAAGGUAGUAGUGCUAAUGAAUGGAUUAACAAAGAUAGUCAUAGAAUUAGAUCAAUGACUAGUGGAUGGCAAAAUAAUGUAGAAAAUAUUAGUGACGAACCUCAAAAUAUUAUACCUGAUGUAAAAUCAAUUACAACUGAAAGAGAAAUUACUAAAAAACCUGUGACAGGACCUAAAUCUGCGAGCAUAUUCAAAGUGAAGUUUAAGAAAGAUGAUUUAAAAAAUAAAAAAGAUCAAAAAAAUAAAGAAAUCAAAGUUUCAAAAGAAAAAAAAAAAAUAGCUCAGAAUUCUAAAAAACCCUUGGCUAUUAAAACUUCAAAAAGUAUCAAAAGUACUGUAAAAGUACAAAAUAUAUCUUCGACUGAAUCUCAUAGACAAAUUAAAAGUAUCUCUUCUGUCAGCAAACAAUCCCAAGAAAGUAAGUUAGAUAACUUUGAAGAAUCAUUAGAAGAUAUAGAAGCAGAGGCUGAGAUUAUUUCCCCCAAAAAAUCAUCAAUGCGUGGUGUUGACAUAAAACAAAAAAAAAAAAGAAAAACAUUGUUAGGCCAAAAAAAACAUUCUGAAAAAAGAAUUGGUUUAUCAAAAAAUAAUGAAAAAAGAAGAAAUUUAUUAGUUGUUAAGCUAAAUGCAAAUAAAUUGAAAAGAAAGAACACCUCUACUCCGACCAGAACACGCAAAGUUAAUCAUGGAGAACAAUUGGCAAAAAAAAUAAAACUCUCUGCUUCAGUUAAUAAUGCAUUUGAAAAUCCUGAUUCUCAAACACCAACUUCUUUCAGUCAAAUAGCAAGCAAUAUGUUAUUACAAAAAAUUAGAAUGGAAUCUGCUGGUGAACAAGGGUUUAGAUGUCCCAAACAAGAAUGUCGAAAAUUAUUCCGUAAAGAAAAUUUAUUAAUGAUGCACAUAAAACAUUAUCAUUCUGAGUACACUGAUCUUUUGGUCUCUACCCCAAAUGUAACUGAUCUUGCUACAGCAAGAGUAGAAGGUGAACAUGUUGAUGAUAUAUCUCCUUCUUAUUUUCUUCAAAGAAUAUCACAAAUUGAAGCCAAGAAAACAGUGGGAAAUACAUUAUGUGAAUCACCAUCCUUAAAUACUACACCUUCAACUCUAAAAUUCCCUGAACAAGAUUUAGAAAAUUAUUCAUUUCAAUCAGAAAAUCAUAACUCAUCUUACACAUCUAAUGAUAGAGCAGAAAAUAUCACAGAAUUUUAUGAUUCAAAGGAUUCUGGUUUUUCUGGUUUAAUAGAACCAGGGAGAUCAUUAUCUGAAAAGACUAAUAGAGAAUAUAGUGCUCUUAAAGAAAAUAAAAAAUUAUCACAGCUUGAUGAUUAUGAAAAUGAAAUUUAUGAUAAUUAUGAUAUCACUCAAUCAUCAAAUCGUCAUUUCAAAAUAAAAAAGAAUAAAACUGAAAUUGAAUCUUUACGCAAAGAAGAGGUUAUAAAUUGUUCGUGUGGAUCUAAUCAAGAGGAUGGUUUAAUGAUUCAAUGUGAUGUCUGCUUAUGUUGGCAACAUGGUUACUGUAAUCAAAUAAAUUCUGAAGAUCAGGUACCAGAUAAUUAUGUUUGUAACAGUUGUCUUAAUCCUUCAAAAAAGAGACGUUCAAAGCAAUAUGAUUAUCUUCAAGAUUGGAUAAAAGAAGGAAAAGUUGCCAGUGUUCUACAACAUAAAGAUGAACGGAGGAAAAAAGAUGAAAGCAUUUUAAAACAAUCACAUCAAUUAGUUGCUGAAGUUAUUGAACAUAGCAACUUUUUACAUAGUUUAUUGGUUAAAACUAUCAUUUAUGGGCAAACUCCUGAUCAUCCAAAAUUAUAUUUGUGGUCUGACCAAAGUUCAAAAAAAGAUGAUGAGCCUCCACCAGACAAGCUUGAAGAAUUAUUAAGUGGUCCAGUACCAGAAAAACCUAUUAAUACAGCUGAUUGUCGCAAAAAUUUACUAGAAGAAAUAGAAGAUGGUUUUGAUAAUUUAGAAGCCAGAAUCAAUUUAUUUGAAGCAAAAACUAAUGGAUUAGAAGAUCAAGUAAAUGGCAGUAUCGAUAAUGAAGUCUUAUCAAAUACUGUAACUAUGUUAUUAAAAGACUUAAAUUCAAUCCGCUACCACUUAUCACUUGAUAGUAAAAAUAAAGAAUCUACUAAUAGUGUUUAAACUUUUGUUUCCAUAUUUAAUCAUUAUUAUUUAUAUUUUACAAGUAUAUAAGUGUAAAGGUAUAUAAAAUACAUGUAUUUAUAAACAGUAUUUAUAAUUAUUACUUUGUAUUUUGAAGUUGAAUAAGAACAAUUUCAUAGGUUAAAAUUGCUCCUAUAACCUAAAAAAAAUAUAAAAAUAUAUUAAAACCUUUGUUCCAAUA